AUGAUAUCUCCUAAAGCCAUCCUUGGAGCUUGGCUUCUACUGUCCGUCCCAUCACUGGGAUCUGAGGUCUGUCAGACUCCUCCCGUUGACCACCCUGGUACUGCAUUCAGCUAUGUCCAGCCACUGAACACUACCAUCCUGGGUGUUGAUGGACACUCUCCUCCCGUUUUUCCUUCGCCGAAGAUUAAUGGCACUGGUGGCUGGGAGACGGCUUUGCAUAAGGCACGGCAGUUUGUGAGAAAACUCACAAUAGAAGAGAAGUCUGGAAUGGCAACGGGAGAACCUGGUCCUUGUGUUGGCAACAUCCUCCCCAUCCCACGUCUGAAUUUCAGUGGUCUCUGUCUACAAAACGGACCACAAUGUGUCGAAGAAGGCUCUUAUUCCAGUGUUUUCAUCAGCGGCGUUUCCGCUGCCGCAACCUGGGAUCGACAGUUGCUAUACGAGAGAGGCAAUGCAUUGGCAAAAGAGCACAAGGCAAAGGGCUCCCACGUCAUUCUGGGUCCCAUUGGUGGACCAUUGGGCCGCAGUCCCUAUAACGGUCGUACUUGGGAGGGCUUCGCCGCCGACCCUUACCUCACGGGUGUCUGCAUGGAAGAGACCAUCACUGGCAUGCAAGAUGCCGGCGUCCAGGCCAACGCAAAGCAUUUUAUUGCCUACGAGCAAGAGACACAACGCAACCCCACAUACGACCCCGAUGCCAACGCUACUACCUACGUUCAGGACUCGGUUUCCUCGAACUUGGAUGACCGGACCAUGCACGAGAUUUACAUGUGGCCGUUUGCGAAUGCGGUUCGGGCUCGUGUCGCUAGUGCCAUGUGCUCCUACAACCGUGUGAACGGUUCUCAUUCUUGCCAAAACUCCUACGUCCUCAACCACCUGUUGAAGACUGAGCUUGGUUUCCAAGGAUAUGUCAUGUCAGACUGGGGUGCCACCCACAGUGGAGUGGCAUCUAUUGAAAGUGGUAUGGAUAUGACUAUGCCUGGUGGAUUCACUGUUUAUGGUGAGCUAUGGACUGAAGGGUCUUUCUUCGGAAAAAACCUCACUUCGGCGCUGAAGAACGGUACUGUUGAUAUGGACCGCAUGGAUGACAUGAUUGUCCGCAUCAUGACCCCCUACUUCUGGCUAGGUCAAGAGCGACACUACCCCAGUGUCGACGCCUCCGUUGGCCCACUGAACGUGGACUCGGCCCCGGAUACUUGGCAGUAUGACUGGCAAUUCACCGGAUCAAGCAACCGUGACGUGCGAGGCAACCACAGUGCUAUGAUCCGUGCUCACGGCGCUGCCUCAACCGUUCUCCUGAAGAAUGAGAAGAAUGCCUUGCCCCUCCGCAAGCCUCGCAACCUGAUCAUCGCAGGAAACGACGCCGGUCCAUUGACACAGGGACAAGAUACCCUAGGAAACUACGAGUUUGGCGUUCUCGCCAAUUCAGGAAGCUCCGGUGCCUGUCGAUUCAGCUACCUAUCCAAUCCCCUAGAAGCGAUCUCUGCUCGAGCCCGCAAGGACGGCACAUUGGUUCAAUCCUACUUGAACAACACCCAAAUCGUCGAUACCGGCCUAUCAUCCCUAGCCAUCCCCCAACACCCCGACGCCUGUCUCGUCUUCCUGAAAUCCUACUCCGCAGAAGGUGAAGACCGCAGCUACCUCGAGCUAGACUGGAACGCAAACGCCGUGGUGGAAACCGUCGCCAAAUUCUGCAACAACACCAUCGUCAUCACAAAUUCAGGCGGUAUCAACACCAUGCCCUUUGCCGACAACGAGAACGUCACCGCAAUUCUCGCCCAGCACUACGCUGGCGAAGAGACCGGAAACGCAAUCGCAGAUGUCCUCUACGGAGACGUCAACCCCUCCGCCAAACUACCUUAUGUGAUCGCAUACAACGAGUCCGACUACAACGCCCCCAUAACCACUGCCGUGAAAACAAACGACACAUAUGACUGGCAAAGCUGGUUCAACGAAGAACUCGAAGUCGGAUACCGAUACUUCGACGCGCAUGAUAUUCCCGUACGCUACGAGUUCGGCUUCGGAUUAAGUUACACUACUUUCGACCUUCAGAACCUCAAGCCGAAAACGAAGCUAGCCGGUAACCUCACUGCUCUUCCUGAGAAACGACCCGUUCAGCCUGGUGGCAAUCCCGCUCUCUGGGAUACUGUGUACACACUCCAGGCUGAAGUUUCCAAUACCGGAGACGUCGGCGGAUAUGCCAUUCCUCAGCUCUAUGUUGAAUAUCCCGAUUCAACACCGGCUGGAACCCCACCAAGCCAGCUUCGUGGAUUCGAUAAGAUCUGGCUUCGAGCGGGACAGAAGAAGACUGUUACUUUCGAGUUGAUGCGCAGGGAUGUUAGUUAUUGGGAUGUUGUUGCCCAGGACUGGCGUAUUCCUACUGGAAAGUUCACCUUCAAGGCUGGGUUCAGUAGUCGGGAUUUCCGUUCUAAUUUGAACGCUACUCUGAUUUCGACUUAG